UUGGAUCUUUCCCGAAGAGAAACUGAGAGAGAUAGUGAGAGAAAACAGCUGUUCUAGUACUACUGGCAGUUUGUUUGGUACACACCACGAAGUUUUGACGGAAAAUAAGGAGGAUGAAGAAAUAACUGAGAGAUAUAACUGUUGUCACGAGACGUUUCCUCUACGUGAUUUAAUUAGCAAAUGUGUUUAUCAAGAUCGUGCAGUCGUGAGAUAUACAACUACGGUUACUGAUCCGUUUAUUUCCACUACCAGUUACCGCUAUGAAGAAGACUCAGUUGCUAUCCCCGGGUCGUACAGAAGGGGAUGGAAUGGAGAAUGAAGGUGACAAUGCUACAGAGACAGUUUCAUUUCGAAAUCGGAGAACAGCUUUAGGCGACAAGUUAAUUUAUCGGCCAACAGAUUUCAAAGAGUCUACCCCCGUGCCUCCCAUUAUCAAAGGACAGAUUGUCAACCUAGUACCAAGUAAUACUGUGUAUAUGAAAAAAGAUAAGUUACUUAACAGUCUGAAAACAAAAGAGCCGAAGUUUGUUCCAUUUGAACCAUAUAAAGCUGCUGUCAAACCUAUUGUGCCAGUUGAAAAAAGAAAUAAAGUAAAGGAUGGCAAAAUAUCCAGGAAAUGCAGCAUGGACGUGAAACCUGUUUGUAGUGCUGUUUCUGACAUUGUAAUUGAAAAAGAAAAGGUGAUUGAAGAAAGCAAAACUGUUGAGACCAGUAGCAUUUACCAGGACCAACCUGAGUGGCUUCCAGAGAAGAAAGCUAUGCAAGAAGAAAUAAAAACACUGAAAGAAGAAAAUGGCCAGCUUGAAAGCCAGCUCAAAUUCCAGGCUCAGGUAAAUGCUGAGCUGAAGACAUUACUGGUUGCAGCUGUAGGGGAAGACAUUGAAAUGAGGGUCCACUUACUCACUGAAGACAAGCUACAACUAGCACGGGCCUUACUGAAUUCAGCACAGCGUUUGUCUACACACCAAGAGCAGACGGAUUGGUUGGCAGGGCAGUGUGAAGUGUGGCGCAGCAAGUUCCUGGCCAGUAGUCUUAUGGUAGAGGAACUGGCAAGAUGGAAAGCAGCCUUAUGUCAAAAAGCAACAGAACUUCAGGAGGGCCUCAAACGAAUGUUAGAAGAGAGACCAACAGUGAGGGAUUCUCUUCUUAGAGCAUACACAAGAUUAGCUGUACUUCGGAAAAACUUUGACCAUCCUGCCAACCGCACUGAAUAUCUAUCUUCGACAAAUAUUCUGGACUUAUCUGUCGCAGUUGACAGACUCAGUGAAGUGCUUCUUCAACAGUUUUUGGGCAGUUGUCCAGAUCAGAGGAAAAUUUAUGAGCCAGACUUCACGGGGUUGGAGACUCGCACUCAAGCUGAACGCAGUGCUGAAAAUCUGUUGCUGAAUCCAAACCCCCUCUUGCUGUCUGGACACCCAGAUGCUGCUUGUAGUGCUGUCAUGGGCGCUGCAGUUGCUGUGGGAGGACACUUAUUAAUGGGCCCAAACACUGUUGUGCCUGGAAGUUGUUCUCACUGCAGUGGUGAGACUAAGUUUGUGUGACCUGCACCCAUCUUGGUUAGCAGAGGCAUGAAUAUAACAUUGUGUCAUUCUUAUAUAAGAACUAGGAAUUUCAUGUAAUGUCAGAGUUCAAAACCUAUUGUGUGUCCUGUCAUAUUUACUUUUUCUUCCUUGUUAAUAUCUUGCAAAAUAAAAAAGUGAAAUGUAUUUGUCAUAUGCUAACUGAGGAAAAUAAGACAUGAAAGUGAAAAAGUAUAUUAUUUUCAGUGUUGCCGAAACAGAAAUUGGAUUUUGGUACAUCAGAAAAAUAGCACUUUUAGCAUAACAUUACGUUAACUGGCUUUGCUCUUCAACCAAACUCAGGAGUAUGUUAAAAGAUGGAAAAAGUCACAAGGUAAAACAGACAGAAACACAAACAACUUGUGACAUCUGAAUUGUUUUAGAGCAAAGGGAAUCUUUUUCAAGACUUUACAGGAAGAAGGAGAAGCUGUACAAAAUUGGUAGUUGGUGGUGAUUUAAUGAUAAAAGGUAUAUAAAUUAUGUAGAAUAUCACAUUGAGGACCAGAGAGAGAGAAAUAAUUUUUUAAUAUUUUUGUCUAUUGUGUACAGUGUAUAAAAGUAUAUUCAUCAGGAAUGCUGUAAACUGCUUUGCAUAUAGGCACAACAAAAGACUGUCAAACAAAGCUUUUGGCCUGGUGAGUAGCAACUGUCCUUUUCAUAAUAUUGUCUUUGUAUGAUAUUGUAAUAUUUAUGGAAAUUCCAAGAUGUAGAUGAUAAAAAUGAAUAAA